AUGGUCGUCCAGAUCGUCAAGGAGUCUACCUGGCCAUCGAAACGAUUGAAGAAUUUUCCGGCAACGCUAAAGCGCUUGCUGAGAAAGCGGAUAGGGCCUAUCACUGGAGAUUUCAACAAAUUUUUCGAGCCAGACGAAACGAGGGAGGACAACGAGGUGGGUAAUUUUGCACUUCCCUCCCGAGAGCUCAGAGCGGACUCCCUGGAAGAUUACAUCAAAGGUGUCUGGGUAGUUGACCCUUCGGCGAGUUCUCUCGGUGCGACCGUCAACACCAAGGAAGGCAAGAGUUGUGCUCAAGCAACUAUAUAG